AUGUCAAACCCACGACCACCAAAGUCAGUGAGAAUAAAACAACAGUUUGUUGCUGUAGCAAAACUUAAAUUACUUGUUAAACAUCCAGAGUUAGUUGAAUUCCAUGACUCAAAUUCAAAAGAACCUGAACUUCUUCUUGAGUUAAAAUCAUUAAAAAACACAGUACCAAUCCCACAGCACUGGUGUCAAAAGAAAAGAUAUCUUAAUGGAAGAAAAGAACGUGAGCCAUAUCGAUUGCCAGAUUUUAUUGAAGCAACAGGUGUUAGUCAAUUAAGACAAGCAUAUCUUGAACGAGAAGAAGAGAUGAAACUAAAACAAAAAAUGAGAGAAAAGAUUCGACCAAAGAAUGUAGGAUGUAUCGAUUAUCAAAUUUUAUAUGACGCUUUUUUUAAGAACCAAAAGAAAGGUACUAUGACAGUAUUUGGUGAUAUAUAUUAUGAUGGUAAAGAUGAAAAUCAAUAUUAUGGAACACCUUUUAAGUUAUCAUCAAAACUACGAAGUGCAUUAGGAAUACUAGAUAGUGAUACUCCUCCAUGGGCAGAAGCAAUUAGAAGAUAUGGACCACCACCUUCAUAUAGAGAAAUUAUACCACUUUUAUAUCAAAAUAAAACCCAGAUACAAUAA